AUGCUGCACCGAGCUGAUGCAACGAUUCUUAAUGGGGGCUCGACCAAUCUCGAGCAGAAUUCAAGGACAGGAAAGGGUUGCAUUUGCCAGGGGCAUCAACAACGACUCGUUUCUGAAGUAGCCAUGGCUUCCAGGGGUCCAACCAUAAUGGUUUUAAUGUCAGGUGGGCCUAUCGAUGUUCUUUUGCGAAGAAUGACCCUCGUAUCGCUGCCAUUUAUGGGCCGGAUACCCAGGACAAGCAGGAGGAGCCGCGAUAGCCGAUGUAUUGUAUGGGACAACCAACCCAGGGGGCAAGUUGCCUAUGACAUGGUACCCACAAGAUAUGUUUCGAAUUUGGCAAUGACAGACAUGGCAAUGCGUUCGAGCCCGAGGAGAAAUUAUCCAGGAAGAAGCUAUAGGUUUACAAAGGACCCGUUGUACCCUUUUGGCCACGGAUUAAGCUACACCAACUUCGUUCAUACCAUUGUUGGUGCACCCAACGUCGUCUCCGUCCCUCUAGACGGCCACCGUCGUAACGGAAACGCAACAGUUUUAGGCAAGGCAAUCAAAGUUAAUCAUGCAAGAUGCAACAAGCUGUCAGUAGGCCUUCAAGUAAACGUGAAGAAUACGGGAUCGAAGGACGGUACUCAUACGAUGCAGUGUUUCGGUUCCACCUGCUGGCCAUUGGGCUCCUCAUAA